AUGAGCUGCUACUCGACGGACGCGUCGCCCAUGUUACCGCAGUCGGCACUGACGCAAGCAGCAGCAGCAGCAGCGGCGGCAAUGCCGUUCGGGUUCGGUAGUACGGGCGGCGCCAGUGACGCGCUGGACGCAGCAGAGUUCCCCGUGCAGCUGCCGCUCACGCCGACGCUGUUGCGCAACUUGGGCGACCGGUCGUACGACAAGCGCAAAGGGGCAGCAAUGGAGCUGGAGAACCUGAUCAAGCAGCUGCAGGAGAACGCCGCGUCGGUCGAGUUCCACCAGCAGCAGCACCACCACCAGCUCCACGUGCAGUACGACUCGCCCCUUGCGCGGACCAUUACUGAGCCACUGUCGGCCGCCUCUGGCACCGAGAGCGACAGUGUGGACGGCGUGUCGUCGGUCGUGGCCACUGCAUCGGCAGCAGCAACAGAAGCAGCGGCGCAAGCGGCGAUGAACCCCAGUCGUCAACGGAUUCCAGCCAUUAUUGAGCUCUUGGGCAAUGACUUUGCGUGCUCGUCGAACGCAAAUCAUCGGAAAGGAGGGCUGAUUGGCCUCGCGGCGACAGCGAUUGGUCUCAUGCAUGACGCGCACUUGUAUCUGGACAAACUCCUGCCUCCCGUCUUGCACUGUUUCGACGACCCGGAAAGUCGCGUGCGCUACUAUGCGUGCGAGUCGCUGUACAAUAUUGCAAAAGUCGCGAGAGGUCACAUUUUGCAGUACUUUAAUCCGAUCUUUGACGGGCUGUGCAAACUGUUUGCGGACGUGGACGUGGACGUGAAGAACGGCGCGAAUUUGCUCGACCGAUUGGUGAAGGACAUUGUGACGGAAAGCGAGUACUUUGACGUCGAUGUGUUUAUCCCGUUGUUGCACAAGUACAUUCGCAUGACGAAUCCGUACAUUCGACAACUCCUGGUCGGCUGGAUCACAGUCUUGGAUUCCGUGCCGGAUAUUGAUAUGCUGGAUUGGCUGCCUGAGUUUCUCGACGGGUUGUUCAAUAUGCUGAGUGAUGGCAAUCGUGAGAUACGACAAGCAGCGGACAGUGCAUUGGCAGAGUUCCUGCGCGAAAUCAAGCAGACAGAAGAUGUCGAGUUCGGGCGCAUGGUGGAUAUCCUCGUGGGACAGUGCAACAGCAAGGAGCGGUUCAAUCGACUGACUGCUGUGAGUUGGGUGCACGAGUUUGUGAAUCUAGGGCGAGAGAAGCUUGUGGAGUUCUACGCUGAUCUGCUGGCUGCCAUUAUGCACUGCAUCUCAGACGCAGAGCACGAAAUUCGACAGGUGGCUGAGCGCGCCAAUGAUGACUUACUACAGCUUGUGAAGUCGACGACCGAAGAUGUGGAACUACUGCCGCUCAUGCAGAAACUCACGUUAGAGCUCAGUAGCGAUCAUGUGCCUACCCGCAUGGCAGCAUUGCGUUGGAUCUCGAUGUUACUGGAAAAGUAUCCCAACCAGCUGUCAGCACAUAUUGGUCAGCUGCUACCUGCCCUGCUUCGGACACUGUCAGACAUCUCUGACAGUGUGGUGCUGCUCGACUUGGAAGUGCUAGCUCGCAUUUCACUCAACAAGUUCGAGUUCGAGAAAGUGCUCAAUGCGAUCUUGCUUCUUUUUGCACAGGACCGGCGGUUGCUCGAGAUGCGUGGCAGCAUGAUCGUGCGAAAGCUGUGUGUACUUCUGGACUCGAAGAGCAUUUACCUCAUAUUUGCUAAGGUGCUCGGCACAGAAGCUGUCUACCUCAAUAGCCAAGCCGACAGCGAGUUUGCCGCCGUCAUGGUACAAACAUUGAACCUCAUCUUGCUGACAGCAAAUGAGUUGGAGCACCUCCGUGAUGUUUUACGUCGCAGUUUCCAGCCCCGUGCAUCGGAAGACGACGUCGAAGUGUUCACAGCACUGUUCCGAUCGUGGUGUCACAAUCCAAUCGCAGCAUUCAGCCUUUGCUUACUGGCCCAAUCUUACACGCUGUCUGCAGCACUUAUCAGCAAAUUUGCCGACAUUGACGCGUCCGUCGGGUUCCUCAUGCAGAUCGAUAAACUCGUGCAGCUGCUGGAAUCACCGAUCUUCAUCCAAAUGCGGCUGCAGCUUCUCGAGAUUCAGGAAGACUACCAUACGGAUCUGGUCAAGAGUCUGUACGGACUACUGAUGCUGCUUCCCCAAAGCGCUGCCUUCCGGGUGCUGCGGGACCGGCUCGCGAGCGUGACAAGCAUGACUACAGCCAUCAGCCGCGUGACGCUAAAUGGCGACUCACAUCGGCUACGGAAGAGUGGAGAGCAACCGCGUUUGAGUGCGUCAAGUCAUGAUGAUUCUGCGCCAGAUGCUUCGCGCAUCGAUGCUAGUGCGCUCCUCGCUCGUUUUGAAAAUGUGCAAGCGAGGCACACGGAGCUUCGAAGAGAAGGGAUGUACGAGAAAUCGCUCACGAAGGAACAAAGUGGAGCUGGCAACUAG